CCCGACGCGCUACGUCGUCCCUUCAGUUUGAAUCUCGGCGGGCGGGCGAUGGCGGUGUUGCGGCCCUUCGACAAGCUCCCGGUGCUCAACACCGCCAGCUUGCUGCUGGUGGGUUCGGACCAGCGGCUCCAGCAGGAACUGGCGCAGGCGAUCGUCAAGGAGAAGAAGAGCUCCAACAUCAGCAUUCACCUUGCUACAUCCCUCCCCUUAUCUUCAGAGAGGGAUCAUCUUCGGCCCAGGAUAGAUCUGAUCGUGUUUAUGAUUGACAUCAAGAACAAAUACAGCUUGAAGAAUGUUAAAGCUUCCCUAGCUCAUGUGGCUGCCAGCUUCUUCCUGGGGAAAGUGUGCUUUCUUGUCACUGGGGUUGGCAGGGUGAAUUACUGCAGUGUAGAAAUUAAUUCCAUCUGGAAACUGGGAGAAGUCUACUGCAGUCCUGUGUUAUUCUGUGAGCUGGAGUUGGAAGGGAUACGAGUUGCCACUGCUCAGCGACUUCUCCGGAUGUUACAGAUCUGUGCUGGUCACGUACCAGGAGUUUCUGCUUUGUCCUUUAGCUUUCUGUUGAGGAGCUCCAACUAGCUUCACAUUGUGAGAAUUGAGUCACAUUCAUCAUUUUUUUCACUUCAGUCAUUCAAGCUGCUCCAGUUAGAAUCACAUUGGGAAGCUUUUUUGCCUGACUUGUCAUGACCACUCAUCCAGAGCUGUUCCUAGUUGCUAAUCACUCAAGAAAAGCUGGAUUCCUGUUCAGUGGAUAAUGUAGAGGUGCUGUGGGGAGGGCAGUUUUAACUGGGGACUCCUAUCUGUUACCGUAUUUCAAUCCCAUUUCAUGAUCAAGUUUGAGUUUCACCCACUUUGCCAGAGGCCAGGAGCCAUGUGUUCUACUGAGAGAAUAUCAGAACACGCUGCUAUCCAAAUGCCGAAUACCAUGCUGAGUAUCUUAGUUUCCCAAAGUACUAGAGAAAAGGCAGCAAGCUCCUGCUUCCUUCCAGUUGAAAUAUAGCACCUUGGACUAACGCGAAACCUGGCUGCCAGGUUUUGUCUCUCCAUCAAGAGAAUAAUGGGGAAGGAAGGUUGUUCUGCAGCUUCUAGAUAGACUGCAGCUGGCAGUUAGUUAUCCAGCUGUGUUAGUGAUCCAGCUGUGUGAGCACCUGACCAGUGAAGGGCUCCAUGCCUGAAACUUAACUGGGGAGGAAGGGACUAAAGAAGAUAAUUGAGCACUUUAGCUUUCUUAUAGAUAUUUAAAGAAAAAGGCUCCAUCUAUCAAACCCAGGAUAACAAGCAACCCUAGUUUGUCAAGCCUAGGAUAACCAUAUUCUUACUGCAAUUCAGUAGUUUGUUAUGGAGCUGUAACUUAAUAAAAUGUGUAAUAUUUAAUAA